GAAAUGCUCGUAUAAUGCCAUGAGAAGAAAGCCUCAUAAAGGCUGUGCGUAGGAUACCUUCUUGAACAGGGUUGAACUUUGAAGGGCGCCGCACCAUGCUUCGCUCCACGAACGUCUCCCGUUACUGGCGCGCCACGACGGAGCUCGACCGCCUGCGCGGACUCCUGCGGGGACGGGCGCGGCUGGAAAAGAAAGUGGGAUUGAAGCGCAUCACCUUCCUCAUGCGCACGCAAACGCGAUACCGCGUGGAGCAGAAGUCGCACUGGGAGCGCGCCAUCGUGCGCAAAAACGUGGACAGCGCCGCCCACGAACAUGGCAGCGGCUGGAAGCACCUUCGGAACGACCUGGCGCGCCAAAACCUGAUGUUGUUGCCCAAGACGCAGCAGCAGCUUGCCCUUUACGAGCCGCUGGCUUUUAGGGCUGUCAUGGAGCUCUGUGCCUCGCGUGUGCCGCCGCCGCCGCCGCCCGUCACAGCGCAGGUGCCGGCAGAAGCGUACGCGAAGCGCGCAGAGGAUGGAAAGACGGCGCACCCCGCCGCGACGAGGGAGUUGAAGGAGGGCGUAGAGCGCAUGCUACGUGCAAGUCACUCGGAGAAGUUGCAGCGUGAAGGGCCGAAGACAAUGCAGGCGUGGAUGGAUGCAUGGAAGGAGUACGAUGUUGGAGCGGGUGCUCGCAACGAACAUAAGUGA